UACAUUGCAGGUCAAUCUUGUUGAGUGGCUAAAAACGAUGGUUGGUAACCGGAGAGCUGAGGAAGUCGUGGAUCCUAACCUCGAAGUUAAGCCCAGUACUCGUUCUUUGAAACAUGCACUCCUGGUGGCGCUUAGAUGUGUUGACCCUGACUCAGAAAAACGGCCUAAAAUGAGUCAAGUUGCUCAAAUACUGGAAGCAGAUGAGUUCCCUUAUCGUGAGGAUCGCAGAAACAGAAGCCGAACAGCUAGCAUUGAAAUCGAAUCUACAAAGGACAGUAGCAGCUCCCAAUCAGUUGACGUGGAAAGUGGGGUAGGAAAAUCAGAUACAUCUCUGAUAAUUCAUGGAUAGGACAACGGAUGGGCGCAUGCUUGUGAUCUGGCAACUAUUUGGCUGACAGUAAGAUUCAUAUUUUGUUUAUGUUUGACUGAAGUGAUGGUAGCCAACUUUACGAUUCAAUCAUGGCACUGGCAGAUUGGCAGGUAGCUGCCCGAAUAGCGCAGAUUGGGAAAGAUUGGUUCUUUGAUUGUACAAAUGUGUUUUGAGGAUUGUCUUUUGUGAUUUUGAGUAGAUUACUUGUAUACGGUUUUCCUGUUCUCCGAAACAUGUUUUGCAGAUGGAGGCAUUGUUUGUAUAUCCUGCAAAUUAUGGCUGUUCAUUCAUCAUCAUUGUUGUUACUGUUAUAUACGGAGUAUAAUUUAUGGUA